AAAAAAAAACAAAGACGCAGUUGAGCUACAAGAAUCCGCGUGCAGUCUCCAUGGAAAUGCUAAACUCCAGCCACCCGGAAGAGCAGCACAGCGACGCCUAAAAAAAAAAACUAAAUAGAAAACUGUACAAAAUACUUUACCUUCUCGUCAAAACUGCAAAAGCGAAUAAUAAAGAUGGAGGGUCUUGCGUCCGUGCAUCAUCUCCAAGCGCUGUCCGCCCUGCUCUCUCCAAACAAUGAAGAUGAGGAAGAAGAUUUCCAGAAAGUGAAUCCCAUAGCAAAGCUGGGCCCGGGACAUAUCGGUUAUCCUGCUGCACCUUCGGGGGAUAAACACAAAGAGGGUAGCACUGCCUAUGUGAAGAAGAACAGCAAAGGCAUCUGGGAUGAGGAUGAAGUGACCGAGGGGGCGCAUUUUGAUGACCUCACCGAUCCACGGCCACAGCCAGAGUACGAGAUUGUGCUAAAACAGUCUGUUGGGACUGAAGAUUUGUUUCUUGGCUUGAGCAGAAAGGACCCCUCAUCCAUGUGUUGUGACAGCAUGCUGGUGAGAGUUAAACUGCCAGAUACAAAAGCGUCUGAUUUGGUGCUGGAUGUGAGGGAGACGUUUCUUGACCUCAGAACUCCAAAGUAUAAAUUGGGCCUUCACCUGCCUCACCCAGUCCACAAACAUGAGGGGAAUGCCAGAUUCAUCAUGGAAAGGGAAGAACUGGAGAUCACACUGCCCAUGAACAGACCAAUGGACUGCAUCAACCUGACCUGAGAGAGACAGAGAGAGUAACUGAACCACUUCGGCAGUGUUGACAACAUACAGACACCAUUCUACAGCCUUUCAUUGACAGUCUUGGAUCCAAACCGGAAACAUAACCUAUGAAUAUGUCCCAUUAAUCCAAUUCUCUUCGGUCAAUGGCUUCCCAUAACCCAAUUCACUUAUCAGCAGGUUUAUAGCUUUAGAACAAGGAAAUAAACAUUCUGUUUAAAAAUUUCCAAACCUUAGAUAAAGUGGAAAGGAGCAGGUGUCUGUUUAAGAAGUCCCUUUUUAUGAUCAUAAAUAUCAAAAUUUCUUAAUUUGAAAUAAUAUUUUGUUCAAAUAAAUUGUAUGAAUUAUACAUGAAAGCAGCGCUGACUAAAUAAUAAGAGGUGUCUCCUAAAAAUCUCAACUAAUGUCCUUACAGGUGUAAGAAAAAAUUAAGUGGACGUUGAAGAUCUCAAAAAUGAAGUUUACAGUAUAGCAGUGGCGAGGCACACGAAGUACCUGGGUUCACCGGCGUCUGAAUGAACCCCGAAAUAAUCUCAGCUCAAAUAUUUUAUACCGUAUUCCGUUCGUCUUCCCCCUCAGCAUGUAAUUGAAGUACAGGAGUCAGCCCAUUUCCCCAAUCCUAAUCUAAUCAGCAUAACAGUCUCAUUCACACCUUGAUCAUAAUCCAAUCAGCCAAACUGAUUCAUUUAACUUAAAAUAGAGAGAACAGGACUGGCAGACCUCUCGUGCUUAACAGGUGACAUCAUCAUCAUCACAACUCCAAAGUGUAAAACACAAUGUACAUCACUUUAAUGUAGAACGGUCAAAUGUUAAGGUGAUAACAUUUAUUUGAAUUCCCUGUAAUCAAGAUGGUUCUUGAUUGCCUGCUGUCACUCCCAUGCUAUAGGUGAUAUUACUGAGAUUGGAAUGAUUUGUCUCUUUGAUAAAUAAGCUCUUUUAGUGAAGGAACAUUUUCUUAUAUAUAUUGGAGUGGAAGUUAGAUCAGAGCAGACUAUAAUUUCUUACACAGGUAUAUAUGCAGU